CUCCGAGCCACUGCGGGCUGCGCAAGACUCCCGCCCCCACUCGCCUCUCAUCCGCUUCAUUAGCGAGGAGAAGCGGAGGAAGAAGAAGACAGGUGGCUUUCUAGAAGAUGACCAUAGAGGAUCUUCCUGACCCUUCCAUAGAAGGAGAUCCUUUGACUAAAAGAUACCAGUAUCUUAUUCCGGGUUCUGAAGAUUCAAUCACCUAUUCUGUUUCUGCAGCACCAAUGCCUUCUGAAUGUGAGUUCUCCUUUUUUGAUCCUAAUGAUGCGGCAUGUCAGGAGAUUCUGUUCAACCCCAAAACAUCUGUGUCUGAACUAUUUGCUAUCUUAAGACAAUGGGUCCCCCAAGUUCAACAGAACAUUGAUGUCAUUGGGAGUGAGAUCAUUAAGAGAGGCUGCAAUGUGAAUGACAGAGAUGGAUUGACUGACAUGACUCUCUUGCAUUAUACAUGCAAGUCAGGGGCUCAUGGUAUUGGGGAUGUUGAGACUGCCGCCAAAUUUGCCUCCCAACUUAUUGACUUGGGUGCAGAUAUCAAUUUGAGGAGCCGUUGGACAAACAUGAAUGCUUUGCACUAUGCUGCCUACUUUGAUGUUCCAGAGCUCAUUAGCGUCAUUUUGAAAAAUGCAAAGUCAAAAGAUGUGGAUGCCACCUGCAGUGACUUUGAUUUUGGAACAGCCUUGCAUAUUGCUGCCUUCAACUUGUGUACAGGAGCUGUAAAGCGUUUAUUGGAACAUGGAGCCAACCCGGCCUUUAGGAAUGACAAGGGACAGACUCCAGCAGAUGUGGUUCCUGACCCGGUGGACAUGCCACUAGAGAUGGCAGAUGCAGCAGCCAGUGCUAAAGAAAUUAAGCAGAUGCUCUUAGAUGCAGUGCCUCUGUCUUGUGACAUUUCCAAGGCCCUGCUUCCAAACUAUGAUAAUGUCACUGGCAAAGAUAUGCUUGGAUCCCUUGGCUUGAAGCUUGGAGAUCGGGUUGUCAUUGCAGGACAGAAGGUUGGCACAUUAAGAUUUUGUGGCGCAACAGAGUUUGCCAGUGGACAGUGGGCUGGCAUAGAAUUGGAUGAACCUGAAGGAAAAAACAAUGGAAGUGUUGGCAAAGUGCAGUACUUCAAGUGUGCACCAAAACAUGGUAUCUUUGCACCUCUCUCUAAAAUAAGUAAAGCUUCAGAACACAAAAAGAAUUCAAAGGUUUCUUCCUCGCGACCUUCUCCCGCUGUCAAGUCCAAGAAAAUUGAUGUAACGCACAUAACGUCCAAGGUGAAUUCAGGCUUAUCUGCACUGAAAAAAGACAGCACCCCAGAUUCCACAUUUUUGGGCAGCAAAGAAGGAAUGAAAACUCCACCUGGUAAAGAAGAAAAAGCAACUUCCCUUGGAUCCAACAGCUCUUCCUCUUCCACUACAUCUUUAGACAGCAAGCAGAAUUGCUCAAAGAAGUGGGCUACCGCAAGGAAAAAUAAGAAGGAAGACUUGAAAAGCCAUUCUGCUGCAACGAAAGGAAGAAACAACACUUUUCCAUCUUCAAGAAGAAAUCCUUUUGAUGAAGGGGAGAUUCAGAUUGGAGACAGAGUACUGGUGGUAGGACAGAGAACCGGAAUAGUUAGAUUUUAUGGGACAACUAAGUUUGCACCAGGGGUUUGGUGUGGAAUAGAACUGGACAAACCUCAUGGCAAGAAUGAUGGUUCAGUUGCAGGAAUGCAGUACUUCAGCUGCCUCCCCAGAUAUGGUGUCUUUGCACCACCAUCGAGAGUGCAGAGGCUAGUGGGAUCGCUAGACUCCCUCACAGAUGUUUCAUCAAGUAAAAUGAAUCAUUCUCUCCCCGGUUUCCGACGAAGUUUUAGCACAACCUCUGCGUCUUCCCAAAAGGAAUUAAACAGGAGAAACUCCUUUGUCAAGUCAAAAAAUGCUUCCCUGCGACGCAGCUGGAGCAGCACCACUACGGCCAGUGCUGAGGGGCCCGUCAAGCUUCACGAAGGCUCCCAGGUCCUCCUGAGCAGCUCCAGUGAGAUGGGCAUCAUUCGCUACAUUGGGCCCACAGACUUUGCUCCAGGCAUCUGGCUUGGCCUGGAACUCCGAAGUGCCAAAGGCAAGAAUGACGGCUCUGUGGGUGACAAGCGGUACUUUACUUGCAAGCCAAAUUAUGGAGUCUUGGUGCGGCCGAGCCGAGUCACUUACCGAGGCAUCAACGGUGCAAAACUUGUGGAUGAUAUCUGCUGAAAGCAAACUCCUCUAGCUCUUGAGAUGAGGGCGUAAGAAAUAAAGCACACAAGACAAUCCUGCCAUCGCCUGCAUGAAGUUCUGCCUUACCCAAAGUCCUAAAACUGCAUUUGUAUAACACUUGCACAGCUCUAGCCAGAUUGGAGUUGCAUUAUGACUCUUGAGGAAUGAAAUCUUAAUAGCUUCCCCUACAGAACGGGUCCUCUCCCGAAAGCUGCUUACAUACUAAAAAUACAACUUGGGGUUGAGCAGUCCUGUUAUUUGAAUAAUCUGUUUUUUAUCUGGCUCCAUGUUGACAUGCUUUGCUACUUUACAAAUGAUGUUUCCAUCCCACAUUCUAAUGAAGCUGUAAAGUGACUUGAGAUCGCAGAGCUUGUUAAACAAGCAGCAGGAUUUGUCAACCUGCUAAACAGUCUUCACUUUCUUUGGGGAAAAAAUAGCAAUAAAAAGGGAGGGAAGCGACAGUAUUUAGGGGGAAAAUGUUGUGAGACAGGUAGCUUAUUAUCCAGACAGAUCCUCCAAGCACAAAGCAACCAGUUGAAAAGAGAAAAAAAUGUGCUCCUUCCAUGCUACAUACAGAAGCAUCCUGAAUAGAAGAAAGGGAAAAAAGAAUAAAGCAGCACAAAUAUUUUCAGGUAAAUAGUAAAAGCACUUUUUGCUACAGUAUAUAGAGAUAUACUGUAUAAUGGACAUGCGUGUGUAUUUUAAAGGCAGCAGCAUGCCAGAAGCACUUUCCAAAAAUGCCAUUGGAACAAGUAUUAAUGCACUUUUAUUUCUCCUUUCUGAAGAGUUUCCCCACUCAAGUUCUGGAGAAAUUAUUUUGUUAGUCAAGACUGAAGCCUGUAACACUGCAACGUUUUGCAUGCAUCAAAUGCCCUUCAGCAAAGCUCUCCAGCCAGCAAUCAGAUUGGCCAACGGGUCAUUUUAAGGUGAGGUAGCAGUAUUGGGUUUAAGAUAAUGUGUGCAUGGAUUUGCACCACCUCCUCCUCUAGGAAACGUGCCCACUCAUGGGUAGGUGCUGAGGGAGCCUUUCUUCCUUCUGAUUUUUGACAGUGUUCUUAACCUUGGUUAAAACACCCUAGUUUAGUCUUCUGGGAGGAGAAGCUUGUAGAAAGCCUAUGGGAGAUUCCAUGAUUGUUGCAGGUUCAAGUUUCCUCUUCCUCUAGAACCGUCACCUGGUUGACUUGGAACCUUUAGCUUGCCUUACUAUGCCAAGCCACUGCAGGUUGAGUUAGGCCAUAUGGCAGCUGACCAUCUUGCCCACAGGCCACCACUUCCUGGCUCUGGGCAGAACAUUUAAGAGAGACCUAUAUUUCGGUGCUUGAAUCCCAAAUAUCCCAUGUGCAAUAAGAAUUCUGUAUCACUGUAGACGCCAACCUUAGGAAAAGCUUGUCACAGUGCUAGGUGUUGAAGCCCUUGCCAUUUUUAUAUAAUGUGGUUGCUACAUUGUUGCCUAGAAGCAUGAUGUACCUUGAAAUAAAAAAAAAACUUUUAAAACAUGAUUAUUUUACUACACUAUGCUUCUCUUUAAAUAAGUGAGUGAUUAUAAAUUUAUAAAUUGUAUUGUUAAAAAAUAUAUCUUAUUUUAAUUGUUAUGACAUAUUUUGAACCCUUAUUAAAUGGAUUCAGAUAAUUUAAAAGCCACAGAAGUCACUAAGUGGCUUCAUCCUUGAAAAUAAGGGGAAGAAUUCAGUGUAGUGUUAUGGUAACUGCCUCCCUUGUGCUAACAGCAGUCCUUGCACAGCCUUCCACUAGUGGGACUCAUUAGUUGAAUCCUGGCCAAGGUAUCUUGUCAAAUUGCACUCAAAAGUAAAACUACAUUCUAGCUGUCUAUAAAAGUGUAUAGAUAAUAUUUUUAAACAUUGCUAGAACCAUUUCCCCCGAUCUACAUUAAGCACGACGAAUCUGCAAUAUUGCUUUAUAGCUAAUGGGUAUUUUUAAACUAAGGGCAAUGGUUGUAAACUGUGAUUAUAAACUUGUUCUUAAUUAAAAGCCAUCUGAAAACUGCAGAAAUGCAUUUGAGGAUCCAGAUGCACCUUGAUGCACUGAAUCUUGCCAUGUCUGACAUCUGUUUCCUUGGGUGUUUAAAUGUAUUUUUAAAUGAGAGUGCUGUUAAUGGUCGUUUGGUUUUAACGAUGCCUGUUGCUUUUAAGAAAACUGAGCUAUCACUGACCGAGUAUCCUUUUUUUGAAUCGCUUUCUUAUAAUGUUAACUUGCACAUUAUGCAUUUAGGAUAGAAAGCAGCAGCUGUAAUAUAACAAAACAGAUGUUUUAAACACCUUUUAUGUUUGUAAUAUAUUGAUGUACUCUACAGACAUGCUAAUUUUGAACAUAAAAAUGUUUUGUGCAUUCCCUA